AUGGCUUCGAAUUUGUCCGAGUACGAGUUUUGUGGGCAAAGACACCAUAAGGAAUGCCACCGUAAGAUCCGAGCUUACUUUGAGUGUGGAGCUAUUGGCCACAUAAGAAAAUCAUUACCUGCACGUACGAAGGACAAGUAUACAUAUUGGUUUGGGGGAAACAAGCAUGAACUCAUCUCGUUCUGCCGACCUGACAUUGACCGAGUCCUUAACCCUGUCCUUGUCUCUUUGGAGAGGUACAGGUUGAGCCUUUCAGUGUUUUAUUUUGACUUACUGAGUGAAAAGCAGUUUCAAAAAAGCAAAUCAAAGGCAGCUGCAACAGCGAUGUUGAAACCCAGGCGACCACAUUUUCUCGACGUCUUCUCCUCUACUUCGAGUGCCAACAGCCUGAAAAUUCCUGUGGGGUUUAGGAGAAACUUGGAGGGAAAAUUUUCUGGGUCAGUUUUGUUAAAAGGACCAAGUGGGUAUAGUUGGGUUGUUGAAUUAUUUCAAAAGAAUGAUGACUUGUUCUUUGAUAAAGGGUGGGCUGAUUUCGUUGGAGAUCAUUGCCUAGGAUGUGGUGAUUUUUUGGUUUUUAGGUAUGAUGGUGAGUUGGUUUUGAUGUCAAAGUGUUCGAUCAAAGCAAAUGCGAGAAAGAAGUUGCUUUUCAUUAAGAGAUAUAGGGAGGAUGGAGGCGUUUCAUUGGAUCAAGAUUGUGAAGAAUUGUUAAAGAGAAUUACAGAGAGCUCGUUCCAAUCCGAUGGGGAUAAAGAACAUUGUGGAGAUGAGCUGGUUCUUGCAACUAAAAGUUGUCAAGGAUUAACUUCCUACGAUGAAAAUCAUGAUGAAACCAUCCUGAGAACUGGCAAAGAAGAUGACUUGAAUCUACAUGGUAGUUGCUGUAUUCAAAUAGUAGGAGAAUUUGAAGAGAGAAAGGUGGCUCAAUCUUUUAAUUCACGUUUCCCCUUUUUUGUUAGAAUUAUGAAAAGAUUCAACGUCAGUGGCUCAUAUACAUUGAAUAUUCCAUAUCAGUUUGCGAUGGAACAUCUCCCAAAGUGCAAGACUGAGAUUGUGCUUCGGAAUCUGAAAGGAUCUUGUUGGACUGUGAAUUCUGUGCCUACAACAAGAGUGCAUACCAAUCAUACUUUAUGUGGUGGAUGGUUGAGCUUUGUCCGUAGUAAUGAGAUAAAGGUCGGAGACAUUUGUAUUUUUGAAUUUGUGUGCAAAUUUGAAUUCCAUGUGCAUAUUCUUCGGGUUGGAAAGGAAGACCUGGACCGGCAAAGUGGAGUAGCUGUUGCUAAUGUGUUAAUUGACAGUUCUGAUUCUACUUUACUGAAAGAUUUAGUAAAAAAUGCUUCAAAGGUCCACUCAAAAUUAGAAAAAGUUCAAAUGUGUGAUAACAAAGGGUCUAAGAUACUUAACAAAAAGAAAUAUGGUAAGGCAGCAAAAAGAUCUGCAAGUGUUGUACUCUGCUCUUUGUCAAGGUCAUGCAAUGAAAGGCAAGAAGCUGCAGUUGGUGGUUCGAGAACAAUGUUGGCAAUCGAUGAAGAAAAAGCAUCUAGUUCUUUUGCUUCUGGCUUUCCUAAUUUUGUAAGAAUUAUGAAAAAGUUCAAUGUCAACGGUUCAUAUACUCUGAAAAUACCAUAUAAGUUUUCAAAGGCGCAUCUUCCCUACUGCAAAACACAAGUAGUGCUUCGUAAUUUGCAAGGCAAAUGUUGGACUGUAAAUUCUUUACCAGAUUCAAAAGGUCGAACCGUGCAUACCUUCUGUGGAGGAUGGAUGGCCUUUGUUCGUGAUAAUGACAUAAAGAUGGGUGACAUCUGUGUAUUUGAACUUGUCAACUUCUGUGAAAUGCUUGUGCAUAUAUCUGGGCCAGGAAGAAAAGUGUUAGAUUAAAAGCACGCUUCUUUGUAAGGCAAA